ACGUCGAGUCCUCGUCCUCGUCCUGUCAUUGCUUCUCUCUCUCUGCGGCUCACUCAACACACACUCAGCGAUGAAUACCUUUUGGAAAACGGUGGCUGUGCUGAUUUCCUUCAUCGCAGCUGCUCAGUGUCUCAACUGUCAUCAGUGUCCUGUCGGAAUAUUUGGGAAAUGCCUGUUUGGAAAAGAUGUCACGUGUAACAAUGGGACGGAGCAGUGUUAUACCGGAGAAGCACAGUUCAAUGCCACAGGGUCACUCACGCUGCACACCCGCGGCUGCCUGGACUCAGACUUGUGUGGGAAAACUCUGACCGGCAACAUCCUGGGCGCUGCUUACACCAGCGAUUUCAAGUGUUGUAACACAGAUCAGUGUAACGGAGCCUCCUCGGUCCACAUUUCUCUGAGUGUGGCGCUGUGUGCUGCCAUGCUGGCCUCUCUCUGGGGCACCUGCGAGUUGUAGUUUCACACGGUUUGUUUCCCUCGUCUCCGCUGUUGUUGAGAGGGUUUUUGCUGAGUGCUAGUAAAAGAAAGUCUGUAUUCCUGCAUCAGUUUAUUAAACUGUUGUAACUAACGCUUUAAAUUAAACUGUUUCCAAUGUUGAGAACCCUUUUCUUAUUGUUUAUAAGACACUGUCAUUUUCAUAAAAUCCAUGCAUCAUCAUUGUUAAAAAAAAUCAGAUUGUUGUUUUUAACAUAAAAUAAUAAUUUAG